GUCGUGUUAUUCUGUAAAUUUUGCAAGCGCGCGCCGCAGGCUUGUGACAUGGAGCAAAAUGGACAUCCAGAAACAUGGAGCUGAACUCUAACCAAGCUACAGGUAGGCCCAGCCAGACGCAGCAUAUUACUUUACCUGAAACACUGCGACAGAUCCCACCAGCGACAGAACUACCGUGCCUACGGCAUCGUUGGAAUACUAAUGAGGAAAUCGCAUCUUGGCUGAUCAGCUUUGACCACCAUGAUCAAUGGCUUAGUACUUCCACAAAGAACAGGCCUCAGAGUGGGUCGUUGAUUCUCUACAAUCGCAAACGAGUCCGGUUUCGGAGGGAUGGCUACUUCUGGAAGAAGCGGAAGAAUGAACGGACGACACGGGUGGAUCACAUGAAGCUUAAAAUACAAGGAGUUGAGUGUAUAUAUGGGAGCUAUGUACACUCAGCCCUUAUUCCAACAUUCCAUAGGAGAAGCUACUGGCUGUUACAGAAUCCCGACAUAGUUCUUGUCCAUUACCUGAAUGUCCCCAAUCAUAGCGAGGAAUCCUCCAAGAUCAACAAUAGUCCUUUAGUCAGUUCAAUUUUACCCACCUCCCUUCCUACACCUCAACAUCAGCUGGACACCAAGGGGUAUAAAGGAACUGUCUGGCAAAGAGAAGAACUUUUACAACAAAUCAAACCAAUGUUCGCUGGAACACAGGUACAGCUGAAUGGGAAUAAUUUGACAUCGGAGGCUGACGUAGCUAACGUUGUGGUGCAGUACUUGUUAGAUUUACAAGACCAGCAGAACCAACAUAGAGAUCAGCAGACCGUUGUCUUCAGCACAUUAACUGAAAAGGCUGGAACAAACACAGGUGCAUCUUGCUCCACCCCUAAACCAGCUUCAAGCUCUGCCCCUAGCCCUCAGAGUAUUUCCAGUGUCCCACCCUCACCUAUGUCAGUCCUCAGUGAAGCCUCUACGAUCCAGCCUGUCACAGACUCUCAAUCAUUUGGACUGAGUGGAGACCAAGCAAGCACGCCAAGUAAUGACCAGAGCCAGGCUAGGCCUACUCACCAGUUACAGGAUGUCAGUGUGAUAGCGCCGUUACCUGUUCUCUUAUUCAAUGCUUAUAAUGAGGUUGAAAGCACAGGUGUCGUUGGCAACACAACCUUAGUUGGUUACCAGUUAAAUCAGCAAGGUAAUGUGAGUGGGGUACCAAGAAGCACAAGUGGUGGGACAGUACAAGGAACCCCUGUAGCAUCUGAGGCAUCGACACAAACAGGUCAGAAUAAAGCUGUUGGUAUGCAGAGUGGGCAGGUUGUGCGUGAUUUCAACAGUCGACCAUUGAUCACAAAUGAAGAAUCGGUAGAGCUGCGAGCAAUGGUCGCUAGCAAUCCCAGCUUAAAGACUUGUAGGAAUCGAUUUGAGAACCAACCAGGGAUUCAUCAGAAGAUUGUCUUAUUGCCACCUUACCUGCCCUCGCCUGCAAGACCUGAAUCAAGUCAGGAAGUAUUGGCUACCAGUCAACCUCAGAGCAUACCAGCAAGUGAACCUAGUCGAUUACCUUCCUAUGAUGCUCAUCUACAGAGACAAAGAUCCACUGAGAUUUCCAUCUCUGCACAGGGUUCAGUCAAUGAGGAAUCUGCCUCAGUAACCGUCACCUCCACUGACGCUAAUGCCCAACAAGUCACACAUUCGAGAAGUUUAUUCCAACCUUUAAACCCACAGAAUCAGUUCCCAUCUUUCCAACAAAGUUUACAGGCAAACAUCCCCCCACCACCGCUGUUGCCCCCUCCCCCUCCAUACACCCUGGCAGCUGAUGCUGUAAUUGCCAACACAGUUUUCACAUUCUCUGCAACACCUACCACGCAUCCACUUCAGCAGUCAGUAACUUCAGACAUAAAACAGCCAUCUGCAGCACCAUCUUCAGUGAUGCAGACUGCAGGCUUAGUGCAUCCUGCUGCUGUUUCCUUACCUGCAGUGUCAGGAAUGUUCAGUGCUCAGGCCCUUUUAAAACCAGUAGAGUUUCCAUCAAGCAAAAAUGGAACUGUUACGAAAUCAGUCACCUCUGGUUCUUCUGAUAAAGAGAAGACUUUAGUGUUCAAACCUUUGACACAACCUGAAAAUCCAGUCAUUCCAGUCAGCAUUCAGGGCAAUUCACGAUCCAUCACAGUGACACAUGAGUCACCCUCACAGAUGUCAUUUCAUCCACCAAGUCACCAGGACACCAGAGCAGCUAUGCCAACUGGCAGUGAUUUCUGCAUCAGUGAUCUGGACAUUGAACUUGAUUUUGAUGCUGAGAUGUUUGACAGUGCCCUGGCUGACAUUAAUCUGGAUAGUUCAUUGCAAGGCACUACUCCUGUUCCGGAUGCCACACACCAGCUGUCAGAUUCAAACAGACUGACCGGUCAGCAAGUGACCAGUGGAAGCAGUGUUCACUCAGAGGGAUUACUAUCAUUACAGCAAGGAACAUCUUUACCUGAGCAAUGUCUAGAAGCAAUUACUGAAUUUUCUCCUGAUUGGUCUUAUCCGGAGGGUGGUGUAAAGAUUCUCGUAACAGGCCCAUGGCAUUCCACUUCUGCAAACUAUCAAUGCAUGUUUGAUAACUACAGUGUACCAGCAUCACUGGUACAGACUGGAGUACUUCGCUGCUACUGCCCUGCUCAUGAAGCUGGGGUCAUCGCUCUACAGGUAUUAUGUGAUGGAGUUGUCAUCUCCAAAUCAGCUAUCUUUGAGUACAAAGCUCGCAGUGCUCAACAACGACCCAAUAGACAACAUGAGUGGUUGUCACUUGAAGAGAAUCAGUUCCACGUGGCCAUCUUGGAUCGAUUGGAGCACAUGGAGAGACGAGUUGUCUUAAACAAAUCACAGAGUUCCAAACAGGGAUCGUCCAGUGGACCGAGUGACCAGCAGCUAUCCUUUGAAGACCGUGUGGUGGCACUCUGUCAGCAGUUCAUGCGUGGCCAGUGGGCACCAGGAAGCUCUUCCCAACUAGGGGCGGAGUCAGGCUCACAUAGAGGGAUGACAUUACUUCAUCUGGCCGCUGCACUUGGAUAUACAAAGCUGAUAAGCACUCUUGUCACGUGGAGAAAUGAACAGCACAGCCUGGUGUUGGAGAUGGAAGUUGAUCCAAUGAACAUUGAUCAUUUCUCCUGCACCCCUCUGAUGUGGGCGGCAGCUUUGGGCCAUAAAGAAACAGCUAUGUUGCUUUAUGUCUGGAGUCCCCAAGCUCUUCACGUCUGUGACUCCAUGGGUCGUCUCCCAAUUGAUAUGGCAAAGAGUCGAGGUCACACUGCUCUUGCUGAAUGCUUGCAACACUUAGAGUUUGAUGGCCCAAGUUUAUUCCCAACAUUCAGCACUCCACCUAUAACAAUACCUCAGCAGAAACCAACUGACAGGGUACCAGCUUUCAUGUUAUCUUCCCCAUCAACUGCGACACCUUGUUCAUCAAAUACGCCUCGUUCACCGUUGGAGCUGGCUUCUCCUUAUGACUCCCCAUCUCCAUCAUCUGGUUGUAUGUCUCAACUCUCUGUUAGUCCAGUCUCUCAAGGAUUCCUGAGUCCAAUCUCCUUCAAGUCUCACAGUCCUCGUGUCUCAGUUACUGGCCAACCAGCUUUUGGCCAGAGCCUGAAACCAAAUAGCGCCCUCUACAGUGGUCUAGGAGAUGCGAUGGAUGUGGACACGGUACCUGAGAAGACACGGAGGUCAUCCCGAGGUCAUGAAUCUAGGGGCCCUCAUCUACUUGAUGUGCAGCAGCUGUUACGGGGCAUUGAGAAUAUUCAAAGACAUGAUGAUGUUAGUCGACUCUCUGAACAAGAACGUGAAGACUUAAAACGACAUGCUGAACAGCUUAGGAAACUAGGAGCAGAGAUGGGUCUAGGCAUAGACCAUAUCCAAGUGCAAACUGCAGGUCUGACCCCAGGAGAGUUGCUUAGCAACAACCAAGGACAGAUCCAUCGACAAAUCUCUGGAAGCACCCCAGUGCACAACCCAGGACACACAUUCCAAUCAAACAAUGGUAUUGGGCAAAACCAAUCCCAUAACCUAGCCCAGACCCACGGGCUGAUAGAUAACCGAUGUGAUUCCCCUAUGCAGACAGACACGUUGAUACAUGAAGGUGGGGAAGCGGCAGGACCAUCUGCACCAUUCAGUUGGAUAACCGAACCAAAUCAGAAGGAGCAGUACUUGAACCUAGCUGAACAGAUCUUGAAUGCCUUACCAGCUCGCAUCAAGGAUAGUAUGAAAUUCCCACAAGCAAGAGAUCAGCAUGAUGACUGCGGUCUUUUAGUGCCCUCUGUUGGUGUUUCGGGGUCAGGUCAUGGAAUGGAUACAUUUGGAGAUCAAGAGUCACACAGGUCCAUUCAUGAGGAAAGUUCAGCUGGAAGUACAUACAGUGCUGAUUCCUGUCUGCCUAGUCCUAGUAACCUCAGCUUUGAGGAGGAGAGUUCUACAGCAGAUUGGUGCGAGUUCCUUCAAGGAGCCAGUAACAGCCUUGGGGUAGUUGGAGCAUUCUCUCUCCUUACACUCUCAGAUGAGGAGCAGAUGCAACUGUACCAAGCAGCAUUAGUCAUCCAAAAUGCAUUCAGACAAUACAAGGGUCGUCAACAGCAGAAGCAGCAGGAAUUGGAAGCGGCGGUUAUCAUUCAGAAUUACUACAGGAGAUACAAACAGUACAUAAUGUACAGUAAGAUGUCAGAGGCAGCAAAGGUCAUUCAGAGUCGUUUCCGUAGUUACAACCAUUACCGUCAGUUUCAGCGUAGUCGGCGUGCGGCCAUUGUCAUUCAGAGCCAUUACCGUGGUUACAGGGCACAGGAGCAGUUUCGUAAGAGCCGGGAUGCGGCCAUCCUGAUUCAGCAAAGAUUCAGGGAUAAACGAUUGGCUCGUCAGAAGCUACAGCAAGAUGCUGCACGUAAGAUUCAACGCUUCAUUCGAAGAUGUCAGAACAGGCAUUUCUGGAAUGUUCCAUCUGGACUUCGUUCCUUGCGUCAGACCCGUGCGGAUGUCAAACGCUUCUGCAAGAAAGACUGACGCUAGAAGACUGUCAUAUGACUGCUCAUGUGGUACCAUGUGAUAGGUCAUGUGACAGUGGAGCUGACAGACUUAUAUCCCGGCUGAGUUCAGCAUCACCUUGAUCAGGUAUUUUAUCUCAGCUUGAGAAAUUUUAAAUCUGUUGAGUUGGAAAGUUCAAAUUGAAUUCCUUAGCGAUAGGUAAGUUUGUAUUUAAGGAAAUGAUAUCAGGUACAGAGAGUUGUGGCAAUCCAUUGUAUUUGGGCACUAAAUGGGUUCCAAUUCAAAUUGCAGUUUGCAGUCUUUUCAAAUAUAAACUUGUCCAUGUUCAGCCAUUAAGUGCCCAAAUAUUCUGGAAUCUUAAUUACCAUGUUAACAUAGUUGACAGCCACACUGAUGACAACCCUUUAUUGCCUGGUGUACUAUUGUCAACGAGGGUGCUAACGUGGGUAACCUUGACCAGGUUGGUUUGGUUUUUGGAGAGUUCAUGUAUUCAUGAUAAAUAACAUUGUAAACCUUUUCAAAGUUGUUAUCAAAGUUUGUAGUAUACAAAAAGCCUUAAGUGUAGAAUAUCUGUACAUAGUAUAUUUAUAUUACUCCAGAUCUUUCAUAAAGCCGAUGUAAAUGGUUUGUUUAUUAUUGACAAAUAGCUGAUUAUUUGCUAGCCAUUAGUUAUUCACUGAAUGCUAACGAAGUGAACGCUUUGGUUGCUUUGUAAUAUUAAGGUUUUAUUGAAUGAUUGACGGGUUAUUUAUCAAUGUAUUUUAAAUGCAUUGGUAAUUAAUGAACAUUUGAUCGGCCAUCAGCUUAUUUUUUGUUGAAAUAAUUGAUUGAUAAAUUUAUUAAAUUGUCCAAAUGAUGAAUAAGCUUCUUAAUUGAAACUGAAUGUUGCUCUACUCAUUUUGGACUACAUGUCUUUGUGCUCUAGCAGUUAUAGCUUUUCACAUGUAGUGAUGUGUUGUGUCUUGUACAUGUACCGGUAUGUGUCAGGUUCGAUUUCCAUGAGUAUUUUGUGUGUGAAGCAGGUUAACAGAAAAACCAAACGAAUAACAUUCUGAUUACACUGAUUCUGAGAAGUAUGUUAAUGAGGGACAUACAUGUACAUGUAGCUUUCAUUCAUUAAGACUUUCUAUGUGUGGCAAAGACAUUGGUUAUUUGGCACAGUACAACCAGUGACAAAAAUCGUUCAUAAAUUUGACUUGACUUGCCACCGGUUAGGAUUGAAUGUGGGCAAAGCAGGUAACUAUUGUGUAUCAGACUUAAGGGGAACAGCUAGGAUAUGAUGUAUGGAUUCACCUGCACUAAACUCUGAAAUUAGCAGAGAACAACAUGAAGGUGCAUGUAGCGACUUCUGUUACAAUUUUUGUUGAGGUACAGAGAUUGAUGCUGUGUGAUGUCAGUGGCUCAUGUCAUAUUUGAGCUGACGCUGGGAGGUUCCUGGUUGAUGUAGGGAUGAAGGAUUUAGUGUGAGCAGAAGAUAGUGACUUGAAUGCCUUGAAGCAGAUUCCAAGGAGUAUGUUUCAGUUGGAAUUUCUGGAUUUCUAUAUUUUUCAUAUUUUAGGGCAUUUCUGUAAGUUCUGGAUUGUUUUUCUAUUGAUCGAAGGUCAUAAAUAUCAAUCAAUCAAUCAUGUUUUCCCAUCAGUUUGGUUUUAUUUAGUACACUCACAGACAAGAGAACAGGGGGGGGAACACAAAAAUACAAAACAGGACAAUUCAAGUGAAGAUAAAGCAAAACUGACAAUUUGUAGCCCGAAACCCCCAAAAAUGCAAAAGAGUUUUCUGCUGCACAUUUAAUAUGUGUGACUGUUGGUAUCCAACAACACAAUCAACCUCAACUACAUGUACAUCAAUCCCAUCAUUGAUGAACAUCCAUUGGAUGGGUCAUCUUGUCAGAUGUCUUGUGUUAUAAAUACUUGAGUCAGUAGGCAGUUGUUGUACAUUGGAAUACGAUUUGAAAUACAUUAUCAGCUAUCCGAAAUCAUUAAUGUUUAUUAAGAAAAGUAACAAUAGAUCUGAAAUUCCAUCAAAUCUUGUAAUUUAGCGUUUAUGAUAUUCAAAUACUUUAGAGAAUUUGCUGCAAUUUACACUAGACGUGUAGCAUUAGCCUAGGAGUUACAGUAGCUCAUGGUUUCUUAUACUGGGAAUGUUUUAUGGAGGAAACUUGCCAAAAAGUUGGCGCCAGUUCUACCAGAUCUCACUCCAAAACCACACAAUCUGUUGGUUCAAAGACAUCCAAAUUUGUUUGUAAAUACUGGUAUAUCCAUUGAACCAAACCAGUAAUUCAUUUUUCCUGGUCAAGUUUCUCUCUAUGGUGCAACAAAAACAUCUUUUAACAAAGGUAGAGAUUUAUCGGAAAGUUAGUUUCCUAUUCUCUUCAAGUUUGGAAGUUGUAUUUUUACUUGUAGGGGUAUUCCAACCUGUAGCAUAUCUGAGGAAUUUGUAUUUGUAAGGACUCAAACCGGUAGUAAUUUUUUUUUUAAUUGAUAAAACAUGUGAUUGAAGCUCGAGCAUUGCAAACUUUGUACUUUUUUUACGUGGCAAAGCGCACAAACAUUCAUGUUUAUAUCAAUGAUUUUGUCAUUUUGAUAUUUCUUUUUCAGGAGGCAAAGAUCAUUCUGUUUCUAUUGUGGAAUAAUAUUGGAAGUUUGUUUCAAUUAUGUGUUGAAAUAAAUAUAAUUGCCUUAUUGUCAAACCUGAUAUGUACAUGUACUGCAACAAAUUUGAUUACAAAUACUGCUGGAGAGAAAAAAAGGAAUAGCACUUUGUUUUGGCGCCAAACUAUGAUGCAGUCUUGGAUUUUGUUGCAGUUUCUGGUUUUAAGGUCUGAAUGAUAUUUACACCUUACUCUUUGUAUUCUGAUUCAUUAACCCUAACAGUCCUCAGUCCUCCAACAGGUGAAGGAUUGAGGAGGGUUAGGGUUAACCCUAACAGUCCUCAGUCCUCCAACAGGUGAAGGAUUGAGGAAUGUUAGGGUUAACAUCUAAUGUAAUGACUUGCAUACAAUUUGAGCUUUCAAUAGACAAUGUAAUUCGAUUGUGCUUUGAUUUGAUUUGUUUGAUUUCAUUUGGUUCUGUUUAAGUUGGUUUUAAGAAUAUGUGUGCAAUAAUGUUGAGAUUUGAUUGGCUGUUAGCAAAUGUCCCAUGGUGAUUGGUGUAAGAUAUGAAAGGUUCCAAGUACAGAGAUCAUUGCCUUAGGUAUUAUCAUAAGAGGGCACUGUUUGAAUGUUUUAACCUCAUAGCCCACUAUAUGUCUGAUGUCCAACAUGUACAUUACGUUUAGUGAAAUCUGUGGGGAAGGAAAUCGUCCUCUCAGGAUUUCGCUGGUUAAAUCACAGAUUGACAAUGGUGGUUGGAUUGCAAUCACUUGGAUUCUCUUCACAGGACAACUCUUUCUUUGGACAACCUUAGUGGUCAUUUUUGAAGGAGAGUGGACAUAGCUAGCACAUGGUCACCAGGUUAUAAUUUACUGAAGGAAUAAAUAUGUGCUUGGCCCAUCUUAAAUGUGUGAUUAAAGAUCGAGUACACAUGCAGAUUUGUUAUAUAGCAUACAGGUGAUACUGAAGCUUGUUUGAUGUAGGAUACUGGUCAGGAUCUAAUUCUUCAUCCUUUAUCGAAAACUUUAUCCAUGGCUAUUUGUGAAGAUGUUUGAAAAUUGCGCCCUCUUGUGGU